AUGCCGACGACGAGACCCUGGAUAACAUUUGCUUGCUGGAGGGAAGUCUACGGGAAUUUCUGCUCCGAGUCGGUCACAGUCAUCAUACCCUGCUCUUCUGAUACUUCCAUGGAUCUACUGGUUAAACGAAGCCCUAAUUAUUCUGACCGACCUCAUUUCACUAUGGUCUGUGCUACUUUGAGGAUGCAGCAAAGACUCUUGCACAAUUGCUUAAACGCCAGGGCCGUUGGAAAGUUGACUACGAUUCAAGAGAACGAAAUACGACAGCUUCUGAAGCGGCUCUUAGAGGGGCCGGAGAAGUUUCAUUACCUCAUCUCUCGUCUUACUGCAGAUAUGAUCCUGCGCAUCACAUACGGAUAUGACUCGGAAGACAAAAACAACGGCGGAAUUUUCACAACACCUGGGGCAUGUCUCGUAGAUCAGCUACCGUCAGGCCGGCACAGUCCUCCAACGUCUGGCGAAUCGAAGCCCAACAUCCAGCAAGGCCCCAAACGUCCUUCGCCACUGAUUCGAGUCUAUCGUGUUUUCCUAUGGUUUCCCGUGGGUGGAGAAGUUGAACCAUGGUAUGACGGAGACGAAGGACCAGGACUGGCGAAGUACCUGGCUACUCUGCACGCUACUCUGCACCUACGAGUAUGA